GGCAGAAAAAUCACAUCACAUGAGAAUGAGAAAAUGUUCGGAGUAAUAAGGAGUAAUAAUCUAUCGUUAAGGGUAAAGUCGACAGAGACGAUGCUGGAAAGAAAGAGUUAAAAAGUAAAAUGAGAAAAAUAAGAGGCAUGGAGAGCGCCCGCCCAGGAACCAAUCCGCUAUGCAUCAUGUGGUGCGAAGGAACCCAUCGAACGCCGUUGUGCCUCGAAUUUUUGCAUUCCCCAUUCUUUUUUACCCAUUCCAUCCAUACAGAGUUGCAACUUUCGUAAUGACCAAUCUCUCAAUGCAUCAUUCAAACGUCGUUAAAAAAAUAAUCGAGAAGAGAAAGAAGCAUUGGAACAAGGGCGAGUCCAAAAUCAGCGAACGCAAGAUCGGCAAUUUCUUUGCGAAUAAUGCGAACAAGGUAUCAUCGUAAACAGCCCCUGAAAAGAUUUGAUGAUGGGCAAGCGACGUCGUACAUGGAUGUACGGACGUCGCUAGGAAUGU